CAGAGGAGAGGCAACAAGGUCCAAGGAGCGACACUUGAGUGCGCUUAUCUCCCCUGAAGCCAGCUCCGCUCAACUUUUUUUGUGCCUCGACGAACUGUUCUCUGUUCGAAGAUGUUCAACCAAGAUGCUUUACACUUAGAUCGGUCCUGCCUCCGCGAGCUCGCUUCCUCAUAGACUUAACAUAUUUUUUCCCUUCUUUCCGUGCUGACCAAGACCUAACCCCGAAUUGCAGCUGGUGAGAAUAUGUGCGAGAGGCGAUCGGCGAAGGGCAUGGGCUGUCUUUGGUCCCUCAAGGAGAAGGAGCGUGGAUUAAACACGAAUUAAUGUGGAAUUUAUCGGAGCACCAAGGUGGAACGACGACCGGACACAGCGCUUUCUCGUCAGGGACUGACUGAUCAUGGUCGCCGUGGUCCGCUCUUUCAUGGUACUGCUGAUCGCUCAGGUGUUGCUGGAAGGUGCUACGGGACUCAUCCCCGAGGUCGGCCGGAGGAAAUACAGCGAAUCCGGGAAGCAGACCCCAGAGCAGUCGGAGAGCUUCCUCCACGAGUUCGAGCUCCGGCUUCUCAACAUGUUUGGACUGAGGCGCAGGCCGACCCCGAGCAAGCAAGCCGUGGUGCCGCAGUACAUGGUGGAUCUUUACCGCAUGCACUCAGCGAACGGAGACCACAGCACCAAACGACCCAAGAGCAUGGGGAAGCACGCGGAGAGGGCCGCCAGCAAGGCCAACACGAUUAGAAGCUUUCACCAUGAAGAGUCUAUGGAGGCCCUGGCCAGGCUGAAAGGCAAAACGACCCAGCAGUUCUACUUCAACCUCACUUCUAUCCCCGAUGAGGAGCUCAUCACCUCUGCAGAGCUUCGCGUCUACAGGGAUCAGGUCAUGGGAGCUGCAACCCCAAACAACAGCUCCAGAAACAGCAGCACUAGUGAUAGCGCUCCGGCUGGUGGCUUCCACCGUAUCAACAUUUAUGAGAUAUUUGGAGUUCCCUCCCCUCAAGGUAGGGAACCCCUGGCACGUCUGCUGGACACUCGGCUAGUGCAGGACUCUUUGAGCCGCUGGGAGAGCUUUGACGUCAGCCCCGCCGUGUCUCAGUGGACCUCUGGGAAAGGUCACAACCAUGGCUUCAUGGUGGAGGUGCAUCACCCAGAGGAGGGGGAGAUGGAUGGGGAGCAUGCCCAGAGACGUAGUAGGCACAUAAGGGUGAGCCGGUCCCUGCACCGGGACCAGGACUCGUGGCCUCAGGCUCGGCCUCUGCUGGUGACGUACAGCCAUGACGGCCGCGGGGACUCAGUGCUCCACACGCGGGAGAAACGUCAGGCGGCGCUCCGCAAACAGCGCAGGAAGCACCAGCACAAGGCCAGCUGCAAGAGGCACGCCCUGUACGUGGACUUCAGUGAUGUGGGGUGGAACGAGUGGAUAGUGGCGCCCCCCGGCUACCACGCCUUUUAUUGCCAUGGGGAAUGUCCGUUCCCCCUGGCAGACCAUCUCAAUUCUACCAAUCACGCCAUUGUGCAGACGCUGGUCAACUCGGUCAACUCGAACAUCCCCAGAGCCUGUUGCGUGCCCACUGACCUCAGUCCCAUCUCCCUGCUCUACCUGGAUGAAUACGAGAAGGUCAUCCUGAAAAACUACCAGGAUAUGGUGGUGGAGGGAUGUGGCUGCCGGUGAGAAACUGACAGUGGUAUGGAUAGAAAGACAGGGUGGGCAAGAGAGACUGAAAGAGACAUCAGAGGUUAUUAUGGACACCCGGUUUCCCAAUGAAGACGUUUAUUUAUAUGAAAGACAAAACAGAGCUAUUGUGGAAGAAAAA